AAGACCAUGGCCUUCCGUUUUCACUUCGGCGAUUCAGACGCGCAGACGGACGCACCGAUAGCAUGGGAAGCCGAAACAGCGCGCAAGCCAUUCUCAGAGGUGUCCCUUGACAGCGUGCUGGAAACCAUGCCCCCCAAAAUAUCACAUUCACCUCUUACAGUACCAUUAUCGAACGGGUCUGUCCUGACUAUCCCACGUCGUGACCUAUUCGACGCCCGUUUCCAGUUAAUCUCUCAGCGCACAGGGAACGUAGAAGGCCCUGAGUCAGCUGAGCUCAUGUCAGCCCUCCAGUUCCUGGACAAUCCAUCCGACCUCGUACCCCUUGUUUAUGAAGGUGGUCUUAAAACAUGGGAGUGCAGUGUGGACCUCGCCACCUACCUGAGUGGUAUAGAUUAUGGUGCCAGGAGUACCAAGACGAGAAUAUUGGAAAUAGGCUGUGGGACGGCCAUCCCAACGUUGUAUAUCCUUCACAGCAUCUUCUCCUCUCCCCCUUCCAAGGAACGUGAGAUUCACAUCCACUUACAAGAUUAUAACGCAUCGGUUCUCCAGCUCAUCACGAUACCAAACAUAAUUCUUACGUGGUAUCAUUCUUCAGCUGUUCGGACGUUCCGAAGUGGUGGAUUAGAGGAUCAUGCAGAGUCCGCUUUGAACGUCACGCCCCAACUUUUGGACACUUUCAGGAAAUCCCUAGAAACGUACCGGGUCCACAUACGCCUGUUCUCCGGCUCCUGGGAGAGCUUUGACUUUGGGAUUACUGGAGGAUACGACUUGGUCCUGACGUCUGAAACAAUUUAUCGUCUAGAUAGUCUACCCAGUCUAAUCCACCUGAUGCAACGUGCUUGUCACUUGGACGACGAUUCAGGGCAAUACCUCUGUCUGGUGGCCGCCAAGGCUGUAUACUUCGGCGUCGGGGGUGGGGUGGCAGAAUUUACACAAUGCAUAGAAGCAACGAAUCAAGGGGCACGAGUUGAAACAGUAUUGGAGAAAAAGUCUGGCGUAAAUAGAAAAGUAAUGAGUGUACAAUGGUUGUAACUCAGAGCAAAUGAAUCUACUUCUGUAAAAA